AAGAUUUGAGGUGAUCUCCCCUGGCUGUUGUGCAUAGCUACUCAUCAUUAUAGAAUUGUAAAACAACGAAACUUAUAAUUUCGUAGCAGUUCUCCAGAAAGGUACAUAAGAUGGAUUUCAAGACGGUAGAAAUCAGUCUGAAUGAAUUUGCGAAACUUGAAGGGUUAACAACGCACAAUAUAAAAAAUUUCCGCCUAGGCAACUUUGAAGAAAUAUAAUGUCUAAAGUAACAUGUAUGAUCCAUCUGCUUUUUCUUGCAAUCGUGGCGGUCUCUGUCAAAGACGUUACAUGUUGGGAUCCCUAUUCAGAUGAAUCAUUGCUUUUUGGCUGUCACAUAAAGAAAGAAAGCAAAAUCGCUUUAAACCUGAACUCGUUCGAACCAAAGUUGGAAAUAAAAGUUGAAUGCAAAGAAGGGAUCGAAUUUACUACUUUCAUGUGUCUGCAGUUUUGCUACGAUCCAGUCAAUCAAAAUUCACCAAGGUUGCUUCCAGGCAAAAUCCUCAGAAACAAAGAUUUGUUUGAGCAAAAAACUUUUAAUACAACGACUCAAAAACAGAGAAGAAUAAAAGUGACAUAUGGAUGUAGAUGUGUAUUGGAAAAUAAAUAGGAUUUGAAGACCGAUUAACAUUGUACAAUAAUACGUCGUUAUUUAUGACUGAUGUCCUAUUUAUUUAUUUAUUUAUUGUAAGAGUAAUUAAUUUAUUGUCAUAUUUAUAACAUUUGCCAACUACAUUAUUUACUAUUUUUCUACUCAAACAAUCAUGUUUCUUCACUAUUAUUUAUUUUUUGCUUAUGCAAUAAAUAUAGUUAUUUAUUGCUGAAUAUUAGUUAUAUAGUCCGCCAUAAUCACAAUUUCAUAUUAGAUUAACCACAUAGACUAUGUGA